GACGAACUGCCUACUAACUCGACUGUAAAAGACUUACAGCUAUUCAUUCGGCAAUAUAGUUUUGUAAAUUAUUUACGUAAAGUUUACCAUCAAAAUUCAGAAAAUGAUAUUCACAUAUUUCUAUUUUCUUUUUUUAAUCAUAUUCACUGUGAAAAGUGAGAAUAAUGCAUUUAAUAGUAUUAUGCAAAAUAUUUUGUCGGAAUAUAGUCAUAGAAGUUCAAUUGACAAAAACUUUACUCCUUGGUUUUUUAAACAAGUGAUAGAUUUCUUAAACUGCAGUUCUUUACCGGAAUUAAACAACAGUAGAAUACAAUAUAUCAUAAAAUGGGAAGAACAAAAGAUAUAUCUGGAACAAAAAUGCAACCGAUAUUUUAAAGCAAACCGAGGCAAUACGACCGAGAUUGUUUGUCGGAAUGGUAAAUGGACGUAUGAAGUUAUACAAUGUAAGUUAACAGCCUGCCCAAUUUUUCAUAAACCUGCUAAUAGUUUCAUGACAAAUGUUGCAUACACAUAUAACUCUGUUGUUUACUUUACCUGCUUUUCUGGUUAUUUUUUGCGAGGAAACAGUUCAAUACGUUGUCAAGAAACUAAACAGUGGUCGUCCCCACCACCAGUUUGUGAAAGUACUAAAUGUCUGCCACCGCUUCCACCCAAACAUGGCAAUAUAAACAAUACAAAUGAAGUUAAAAUUAACGAAACAAUUCAUUUCAGUUGCACGCAACCAUAUAAUGUGAAAGGUGAAUCUGUAUUAACUUGUCUUCAAGACGGUAGCUGGAACUUUCCGACACCUGUUUGCACUUUGAAUUGUGUUGUGCCUGAAAUUGCUGGCAGAGUGGUGACUAUUUCUGAAGGUACAAUAUUAAAACCAAGAACCUUAAUCAAUGAAGGAGAGAAAGUGUUAUAUUCUUGCAAACGAUCUUUCAUUCCUGUCACGUAUGGAGUCGUUCAAUGCUUGUCGGGUGAAUGGUACCCAAACCUACAGUGCAGAAAAACGUGUAAAAUUGAGAAACUGCAUGGAUUAAAUUUUAUUUUGUCACAAAAUUUUUCAGUUAUUGAAUAUAGCUGUUCAGCAGGAGAAACUUUGUUGGGAGAUUCUAAAAGAACCUGUUUAGAAAAUGGAACAUGGACUGGAAACCUUCCAAGUUGUGUUAAGAACUGCCAACUGUUACCCGAGCUUGGAUUAUAUAGCUACCGAAAUGGAGAAACGCUGCAAUAUCUUCCGUUUGGAAGCAGAGUCCCAGAAAAUACGAAUAUUACUUAUUCAUGUCACCUUAAUUACUGGAAGAAAUCUAACGAGAAUGUGACGUGUGCUAAUGGUACUUUGACACCAAAACCAAGCUGUAACUAUAAGAAUAAAGUAUACUUGAAUAGAGCUAAUAACCUUAUGUUCAGAAAUAGAACAUCAAUGCGUGUUUGUGCCAAAAACAGUUCUUGCGAAUUUUUUGGGUACCGUGACGGACAUUGUACAUGGAUAACGUGUGACUUGCUUGAUUGCGUCAGAGUACGUUUGAAAGCUAAAACAUCUGAAGUAUCUUUUGUGCCUUACACUGGAACAUGUUGCGCUUUGAUGUGUCAUAAAUUGUAAUAUCAAAGUACUCCCUAUCAUAAGCUUUCUCCUACAUAAAACAUAUACAUGCAUGCGUAAUUUGUCUUAAAUGGAAUGGAAUAUAUUUCAUAUUUAACUACACAACUAUAACAGUGUAAGUGAAACAAUCCUAUUUUGUAUUUUUUACCAGGUUUCUGAUUUGUUUUAUAUUCCCAUAGCUAAUAGAAGGCAUAAUUAUAAAAUUAAAAUAAUAUUCAAUCUUUAAAAUAAGUGCAUUCUACUUGAUUCUGUUGUUGUUGGUGGUGAUGGUGUUUUCUAUAUUUAUAUGAUCCUUCAAUCUCACACGUUUUAUCACUCUGGAUAUUGCUGGAAUUGAACUAUUUUCAUUACAUACUUAUGCACAAAUUUUGUUAAAUUUGACCACAUUCAACCACGCAGGAGCUAUAGAAUAUAGAUUUUGUUUGAUGUUUUAAAACGAAAAUAUACAUUUGCCUUAUACUCACUUUGUAUUAGAAGUGAAUAGAACGUGAUUUAAGCGUAUCCGAAUGUAAAAUAAAGAUGAUUACGUAAACCGAUCCAUGGUUUGGUUAAAAUAGCGGUUUGCUGAGGAUACACAUGAGCAGAUUGAGAGUAAAUUCCAAAUAUCAGAUUAAAUUGCGUUCAGCACGAUUUCAAGUACUACUGGAUGUUUCACAUGACAGAAAUUUAUGGAAAUGAAUUUUAAAAUGUGUGGACAGGUCGAAACGACUGAAUUUUUUUUAAUUGGGUUGUGCGAUGUGGCACACAUGACAAUGUUGCGAUACUGUAUCGUGCACAUUCAUGUUUUUGCACAAUAGUUUUAAAUAAGAUAUAAUAUAUACGUAUACAUACAUCCAUCCAUCCA